GUUUGUGUUGGGUGUUUGGUGUGUUGUACUUGACUCAGGAACGACGUCAUGUCUGGUCGCGGCAAGCAGGGAGGCAAGGCCAGAGCCAAGGCCAAGUCUCGUUCUUCCCGAGCCGGACUCCAGUUCCCGGUCGGUCGUGUUCACCGCCUCCUGCGGAAAGGUAACUACGCCGAGCGGGUGGGCGCCGGCGCUCCCGUCUACUUGGCGGCGGUGCUGGAAUAUCUCACGGCGGAAAUCCUGGAGUUGGCCGGCAACGCUGCUCGGGACAACAAGAAGACCCGUAUUAUCCCCCGCCAUCUGCAGCUGGCCAUUCGCAACGACGAAGAGCUCAACAAACUCCUGGGCAAAGUGACGAUCGCUCAAGGGGGCGUGUUGCCCAAUAUCCAGGCGGUCCUCUUGCCCAAGAAGACGGAAAGCCAUAAAGCGAAAGGAAAAUAGAAGCUGCUGUGAAGAAAGAACAUUGAAUUUCAAACCCAAAGGCUCUUUUCAGAGCCACCUACAAUUUCAAGUAAGGAGCGGAGUCUAGAGUAUCGAAUAAGUGUUUCCUUUUCAGAUCCAAAGCAUAUCCUCGGAGCUGGCACUUCCCUGGCCCAGGGCUUACUACAUAUUUGGCAAAUAUUGAUCUAGAUCUAGAAAAACCACCUGUUCUGCAGAAGGCUUCGGCUGUCACAUUCCAAACCCUCUACCGCUUAGCAAGUAUAAAAGGGUUCGGAUAUGGAGGUAAUCUUAACCAAUCGCCGUGUCCGGCGGAAUUAUUCAGACGUAUUCCUUCGGGGAACCUCUUAAUCUAAAAUUCUGGUCCGUAACUCACCAAGGGACACUUAACCGUAGAACCCCUUUUUUCAGUAUUAAAUCCAUUUUUAAAAAUAAACCGCUGUUGAGAUGA